CUGGAAGGUGAUAUAAAAUCAGAUCCUCUUUGCAGUCAGCUAAGAAGAAAUGUAACACCCAAUCAAACAAGAGGAUCAAUCAGAGCCAAUUCCAGUCAGGUGAGAUCACCGCAAACCAACCAAGUGAGCCAGAGUCAGAUCUGUUUGCAGGAGUCCAGUUCUUUGCAGUGAAGUACUUUUAAUCAUGUCUCUUGUGAUUGAGGUCUAAAGAUGCCCUACAAAGUGAACUACUUUCCUCUCGUGCGUGCACACACACCACUGCCAUGCCAUAAAGUGUGUGACGUAGUCUACAGCUCCAGUAUGAAAGGGCAAACUCUGCUCAGUCAGGCAGACAGUGAAGUGCUGUGUGGUUCAGAUCCACCUGAUGACAGCGUCCCGCCUCUGAAAGCUCACCUGUGACCGGACGGUGCAGAGAAAACCUCGGGGAUGGAGAGGCUGCUGAGGAAAUGUCAGAUCAGAAACCAACUGGUCAGGGAGUGCAUGGCUGAAUGCCUUGGAGUCUAUGUCCUGAUUCUGUUUGGAUGCGGCUCUGUUGCCCAGGUGACCACAACUAAAGAUAAGAAAGGGCAGUACCUGUCCAUCAAUCUGGGUUUUGCUCUGGGAGUAACAUUUGGGGUCUUUGUGUCUCGUGGAGUCUCAGGUGCCCAUCUGAACCCUGCUGUAUCUCUAAGCUUGUGCGUUUUGGGCAGACAUCCCUGGAUCAAGCUGCCUUUCUACGUCUUAUUCCAAGUGCUCGGAAGCUUUCUGGCUGCAGCCACGGUUAGCCUGCAGUACUACGAUGCCAUCCAGGCGUACAGCGGAGGAGAACUGACAGUGACGGGCUCCACUGCCACAGCAGGAAUAUUCGCCACCUACCCAGCCGACUACCUCAGUAUGUGGGGAGGGGUCGUGGACCAGGUGAUAAGCACGGCUGCGCUGCUGCUGUGUGUCCUGGCUCUCGGGGACCAGAGGAACAGCUCCCUCCCUGAUGGUCUUCAGCCCGUACUGGUGGGAGCAGCAGUGCUGGUUAUUGGCAUCUCGAUGGGCUCCAACAGUGGCUACGCCCUCAACCCGGCCAGGGAUUUUGGACCUCGACUGUUCACGUACAUCGCUGGCUGGGGAGUGGAUGUUUUCAAGGCUGGAGGUGGUUGGUGGUGGGUGCCAAUAGUGGCUCCCUGUGUUGGGGCGCUGCUGGGAACACUGAUCUACGAGCUGAUGAUUGAAGUCCACCAUCCUCUCAGUCCGCCUGAGCUCCAGACCUCAUGUCAGGAGGCCACUGAGGGCAAGAUGGGUCUGGAGCUGGAAGGGGGUGCAACCAGACUGUGAGAAACCCACUUAUUGGUCAAAUUAAGCCACGGUAAAGAGGACAAAACUGUGAUGUGUACAGUAAAUGCUAUUUAUGGUUAUGACACCCAUUGAUUCUGUGACUGAAAUGUCUGUGACUGAUUUAGUGGAACAAGUAGAUUGGUUCUGAUACUACGAAUUCUAGGUGGAUGUAAUAUGAAAAGAGAACUGAAAAGAGUCCCAUUUGUAAACGGAAAGAAGCUGCAAACACUACUCUGAAUGUGACCCUCAACUCUGCAGAUGAACAAGCUGCACGAGUCAAUCGUCUCUUUUACACAUUUAUUUUGAAACGGCACAAAAGUGUAUGGCAUUUCAGCAAGCAGACCACAACCAUGGAAAAGAAAAUGACAUGAAAUUUCCACUAUUGAGCUAUAUAAAUAUGAUAUGACAUAUAAAAGAUACAAACAAAAACAAAAAAAAUCCACUCUUCGGCCUCCAUCACGUGACAAUGAAGGCUGUUUUUGAAAUGUACAAAAGAAAUGUGAGUACAGCAAGCACUGAUUCUGUAGAUAAAAAAGAACCGUCUCAAAGAGAUAAACAUUUGUAUUCAUACACAUUAAGACAACACAACCCCCCACGCUUUCCCUCUGCUUUGUAAUUACAAUGUAUAGCUACCUCUGGGGGUGAUUCUUUUAAACUUCAAAUUGUUUGGAAAAAAA